GUAUGUGGAUGGCAUGGCUUGGAUUCUGGAGCAUGGAGGGGGGGAAGGGAGGGAGUUCAGGUGCAGCCACUGCAGUGCGGCCGGCGGCAGCAGCAGCAGCAGCAGCAGCAGCAGCAGGAGCAACGCCUGCAGCAACGGCAGCAGUGGCAGUGGCAGCAGCGGCAGCAGUGGCAGCGGCUGCAGCGACAACAGCAGUAGUGGCAGCGGCGGCAGCAGCAGAAUGGAAGGCAAAGUCGUUCCCAAGGGCAUGUUUGUGAGUGGCGUGGGUGCCCCUGAUUUCGCCCUUGCAGUGGCUACAGUUUACAGUGGCCUCGAGGCCAAAGCACUGUAAGGUAGGAGCCAUGUUCUUCACAGGUGCAAAGAUCUCGACCAGCAUGGAGGAUGCUGCCAUUGAGGAGGCCAGGAAGAGGCCGAGAGGGGAGAGACUGGGAAAUGCAGGGCUGAGAGGGGAGAGACUGGGAAAUGCAGGGCUGAGGAGCGGGGUGGAUGAGGGAGGAGGAACAGGAGGAGGGUUUGACGCAGCAGUGUCUGCUGCAUCAGCAACGGUGCCCCCAGCUCCCACUGCUGCUGCCUCUCCCAACGGCUCUUCUGUUUGCAGCAGCGGUGUAGCCAGCAACAGUGUGGCUCUCAGAUCCGGACUUGUGCCCGUCAACACAGACCCCGUUGUUGCAAUGCUGACGUUUCGAGUUGCUUGCAUCUUGCAGUGGGUCCGAAUCUACGGCUCUGAUUUCAUCUCGGCGAAGAACUGCUUCAAGGACAGCCCACAGGGCAAGGUCCUGCCGAUGCGCCACCCACUUCGGGACCUUCCGAGCCUGCUGCUCAGGUUCGGUGCCAUCCCCAAGCCUGUGGAAGGAAGCAGCCAUUCCUUGGAGUGGGAGGAGUGGCCUGAAGGCGAUGAAGCUGCGGUGAAGCUUCCUGAUGAUGCGAGGGCCAGAUUUUUUGGGCUGGGCAGGACGGAUGAGAGGCAAGGUGGCACGAACAGAGGGCAUGUGGGAGGGCAGGGGCGCUUCAAGAAAGCUUUCACUAGAGGUGCGCGGUUGCCUCCAAACGAGUUCCGCCCCGUGGUUCGCUGCAAGGCGGACGCGGAUUUCUUAGUCGAGUUUGCGUGUGUCCUUAUCAAGCCACCGGCAUGCGGCGCAUGCAGCAAGUGCGUCACCAUUUUCAUCUCCCACCUCCCCUUCAUCACUCUCAUUGCCAACUAUGCCUAUCGCCCCGCCACCGUCCUCCUCAACCGCUUCCUCUCCGUCUUCCCGCCCCACUCCGAUGAGUUCAAGAGGCUUCUCAACCGUCUGGGGCUGGACGCCCCGCAUUGCAGCGUGCAUGCGGUGCGGGAGCGGGUGGAGCAGGUGCCGAUUUCCUUCCUGCUCAGCCUUGCCAUGAACUGCCCCAAGCCCCUCCUGCAGGGUGCGACUGAGGGGCAGCACAGCCCUAGAGCUGGUGGGAGAAGCUCUGGGCCGAAAGAGAGGGCUCGUGGGAGGAGGGCGGGGAGUGGGGACAGUGGGGAUGGAGGGGAUGGUGAAGGGGAUUGCGGGGAUGUGUGGGAGGACGUGCAGUCAUGGUUCAUGGUGGCAAUGAUGCCACCUGCUAUGGGAGUGCAGGCGUCCCUGGAAGCCUGCAGGGGCAGCCGGUCCAGGGAGAUUGGUACGCUUGCGAACGAGGAAGAAGUUAUCGAGAUGUGUAGGUGGUCUGCAUUCCCGAGGUUUUGUGAAGACAUGGAGCGCGAGGGUGGGUCUGCCAGUCCAUGGGGAAGUCGCAGCAAGCGGAAGGGCAAGAAGGCGGACGUGCCGGCUUAUCUGAAGCCAUGGCCGGGGGGAGUCAACCUGGUGGCAUGUCUGCGAGAGAUGCUGCUGGGGCAGCCAUGCUACCGCCCUCCCUCCUGUGCUGCCUCUUCCACCCCUGCUGCUGUAAGCACCGCUGCUGCAUCUUUAACUUCUGCAUCAAGAGACACUGCAAAUUCAGCAACCACUUGGGAUGCUCCAAUCGCCGUUGCUGCACCAAGCACCACUAUUUCAGCAGCCAUUUGAAAAGCAGAUUUCACUUCAAAUGUUGAAGGCUCAGGUCCUGCGCCUGGUAGGCGGCAUGUGUGCACUAGUCCGGCGUGUGGGAGGACGGAGGGUGGCAGUGUGAAGCUGAGGAGCUGCUCUGGGUGUGGGAAGGUGGUGUAUUGCAGCAGAGACUGCCAAAAUGCGCACUGGCCCUUCCACAAGCUCGCAUGCCCAGGCAGGACCGGUGGGAAGAGGAGUGGCAGCACCAGUGGCAAGGUCUGAUUUCAGUUGCCAUGUUAGACGUGUCUGAUUUCAGUUGCUAUGUUAGACGUGUCUGAUUUCAGUUGCCAUGUUAGACGUGUCUGAUUUCAGUUGCCAUGUUAGACGUGUCUGAUUUCAGUUGCCAUGUUAGACGUGUCUAAUUUCAGUUGCCAUGUUAGACGUGUCUGAUUUCAGUUGCCAUGUUAGACAGGUCUGAUUUCAGGUUUCACGUCAUUCUCCGUACUCUGCUUGUGAGGGAAGGAUGUCUCAGACGCUUGUUGCCCACAGCUGGAGCUCUCCUGCCGUGAGGCAGGAUUUGGAUGUGAUGUGACCCACUGUCAAAUUGUGACACAACCUCAGAGGAGUGUGCAGUGCAGUCGUCAUAGGCAGUGCAGUCUCUCAAAGAAGCUUAGGACACUAACUAAACUUAGGAACCUAGCUUAGCUAGGAAGGAAGGAAGGACGCCAUGGAAUGGCGUGAGGCAAGUAGAUCUAGGAGUAGGCAAAAGUGACGAGAAAGAAGAGAGUUGGACUAGGAAGAGAGAGGGGUACAAGGAGGGGAUUGACACUAACUAAACUUAGGAACCUAGCUUAGCUAGGAAGGAAGGAAGGACGCCAUGGAAUGGCGUGAGGCAAGUAGAUCUAGGAGUAGGCAAAAGUGACGAGAAAGAAGAGAGUUGGACUAGGAAGAGAGAGGGGUACAA